AAAUAUUAAUAUAGAUGUAACUUACGUAAUUGUAUACAUAAUUGGCGUUAUUAUCAAAUUGUUAGUUGAUGUUAUUACACUAGUAACUGGAGACUUAAUUAUUUAAUAAAAAAAUGAAGAUUGUUGUGACUGGAGCAGCUGGAUUUCUUGGUUCAAAAGUAGCAGAUUUACUUCUUAGUGACAAGUCACCACUUUUAGUUAAAGAGUUAGUGUUAGCAGAUACUAUCAAACCUGCCAUUAGGAGUGACCCUCGAGUAACAGUCCUCGCCAUAGAUCUUACAAGUCCAGAUGCCGCGACGAUUCUCAUUGACAAUAAUUGUGACGUUUUUUUUCAUCUGGCUGCUAUCGUUAGUGGCCAUGCUGAAGUAGACUUUGAUCUUGGAUUCAGAGUAAAUUUUGAUGCUACAAGAGCUCUGCUAGAGGCUGCCCGUAGAAUAAAGCCUACUUUGAAAUUCGUCUUUAGUAGUACACUGGGAGUCUACGGAGGUAAACUUCCAAACGUAGUCAACGAUUUUACUGCUGCAACUCCAGAGAACACUUAUGGAGCGACAAAAGCUAUGAGUGAGUUGAUGAUAAAUGAUUAUUCAAGAAAAGGUUUUGUCGAUGGUCGUAUUCUAAGGUUGCCUACUGUAGUUGUAAGGGCUGGGGCUCCAAAUAAAGCGGUUACUUCAUUCGCUAGUGGUAUUAUCAGAGAACCGCUUAACGGCUUAGAAGCACUAUGUCCUGUUGAUAAAAACCUGAAAUUGUGGCUCACAAGUCCUCAAGUGGUUGUGUGGAAUAUAAUAUAUGCGGCUACAAUUCCAGCCGCAUCGUUCGGUUCCUGGCGUGGAGUUAACUUGCCUGGAUUUGUAACCACGGUAGAUCAGAUGAUUCAAGCAUUAAAAGAGGUAGCUGGUGAGAAAGUUGCUGCAUUGGUACGUUUCGUCGAAGAUGAAACAGUUAACCGUAUUGUAUCCACUCUUCCAACUAACAUUGAUAACAGUCGUGCUUUAAGUUUGGGAUUUUCAGUGGAUGUAAAUUUUGUGGAGGUUGUUAAAAAUUAUAUAAAAUAUGAUUUACCUAAAAAAGAGAUUUGAAUACUACAUUUGUACAAAUAAAAUUAUAAAAAUAAACUUAGAAUUAUUAUUAAAAUUCCUAGAAAAAUGAAACGCAAUAAAAUUAUAUACGUGUAUCGAUCGUAUUGUAUACGGUAUGGUGUAUUAAAACAAUAAAAUUGGUUGCAAGCGUGGCUACGAUAACAUCUAAUAGAUAAAUGACAAUUAAAACUUAUUAGAUUUGGUUAAAUCGCAUGUAUUGUCAAUCACAUAAAAACCAUUAAACUUGUGGUUUUAUAAAGCACUUUAAGGAGGAAGUUAUACGUAAAAAAUAUUAUCUCGAGCUACUCCGUGCAUCGGAAGCACAGUUCGGAAGCCACGUGAAGUCCUUGGUCCCGGCUGCAUUUGUUCCUGGCAGUCGCCCGGAUUGUGAAAGGUCAUAGGUUCGAAUUCCAUCUCAGAGUGCCAGGGACAAAGAGGAUUUUUAAGCAGUAAAUAGAUCCAAAUUUACAGUUUGACAAUGAACUUGUGACAACCUUAAUAAAUAAUAAACAAAUGUGGAUUCGUUAUCGUAUUUACUCUUAUAGGCAAGUUAUUAUGA